UACAUCAUCACUAUAGAGCAGCAUGGAAUCAAAUCAUUGGAAUUAUUAAGAAUAUGGAUUAUAUCCGUCAGCAACAAAUUUCGUAUGCUUUUCCAAUCAGAUCGCCGUAUGAGUUUCGAGAGAUGGAAAAUCAAGCCAUUCCAUCAAACGACCAAAGUAUUGUACGGAGCAGAGCACCAAAGUGCGCACGAUGUAGAAAUCACGGCGAAAUCAAUGUUUUGAAAGGUCACAAACGUUUCUGCAAAUGGAAGACUUGCGAAUGUGUGAAAUGUAACCUGAUUGCAGAAAGACAGAGAGUUAUGGCUGCUCAAGUCGCACUUCGGCGGCAACAGGCUCAAGAAUCUAGAUUGAUCAUCGCGAAACGACACUUGAUUCCAGAAUCUACUGAAGUUAUGCAAGCAUCAAAAAAGAUCAAAACCGAAGACUAUGGAUGUCUACUAACACCUGAGAAACUAGAGAAGGAUACUAACAACACCGGGGUGAAAAAUUUCGGAGAGUGCCAAAAAGAAAACAAAAGUGAUGCUACAAGUUCUGGAUGCUUCUCGUUUUCCCCAAACAGCAGUGAAGUUUCAACACCGCAAAAUUACUCGACGAGUACGGAUUUGUGUGACCGCAUUUCACCUGUUCAUUCUACUCUUGUAAAAGAUGGUUUCAAUUCAAUUAUGAAAAGUAAUUCAUCAACAAAGUCGGAUGUCCCCAAAGAUAACUCAAUUAGACGAAAGUUUCAUGUACUGAUUCAAGCAUUUCCAACAAUUCUUCCAGGUACAAUACUCGAAACAUUGAACGAAUGUGAUGAUGACAUUAUCACAACAAUAGAAAAGUUAUUGGAGAAGAAAUUAGCUACCAUACCACAACAAGCGAUACUAUAUAAGGAUAACAAUGUCUAUUCAGGGGUCGCACCUCAUACACCAAAACUUGAUACAUAUCAAGUACUGAGAAAUAAUUUUCCGAUAUCGCUACCAACAACAUUGACUACUGCAAAUGCUUUCCAAGCAGACAUGUGGAGAUAUCCGUACGGAUCACCGCUAUCAAAUUAUUAUGUCACAAGUCGCAUCAAUCAAGAUUUCUUUUCUGGAACGAAAUGUUUUUGCCAAGAUAACUGAAUAAUUAAUUGCAUAGUGGGGAAGCAGGGGCUAAUGAAUGAGUUCAUGAAUCGAGAGUGCAGCCCAUUAAUACUAUUAAGAUUUAUUUAUAUUUUUGCUUCAUUUUUAUUUUUUUAUACUCUAUUAUGUGUUUGCUACUGUUCUUUCUUUGCACAAAUAUAACGAAAAACUAAGACAGUCCAGUAAUUUAUAUUGGAGAGCAAGAUGAGUAGUUGAAAGUUUACUUAGCGUAUACAUACAAAAAGAAAACACUAUUCUAAGUGUUCGUAUAGAAAUCAAUAAUUAAUGAACAACGAGUUACUUUGCGCAUAUUUAGGAGUUGUGUAAUUAUGCUCUAUUAACCCUUUCUUACUGUUUGUUGUAUUGUGAAAAUUGCUGAUAUGUUUCUCACAUUUUUGAAAGCAAAAUAGAUUUAUGGAUCAA